AGCUGCUCGACCCGUGCGAUCCUUCCAACGCGGAGUUUGCGUGUUCCGUGCAGCAGUUCCUGGAAUACGCGAGGGGCCCACAACAGAUGCCGCUACUCACUGCACUGCUGGUUACCAUCCUGCUGACGGGCAUCCUGGUGACCGGUGUGAUUGGAAAUUUGAUCGUCUGCCUCGUGAUCGUACGGCAUCCAUCGAUGCGGACCGCCACCAACUACUAUCUGUUCAGUUUGGCCGUUUCGGAUCUCAUAUUUCUGGUUCUAGGGCUCCCGUACGAGAUCAGCCUCUACUGGCACCAGUAUCCGUACGAUUUGGGGCUACCGUUCUGCAAGAUCCGUGCGCUGCUCUCGGAGGCGUCGACGUACGUGUCGGUCCUCACCAUCGUCGCGUUCUCGAUGGAGCGCUUCCUGGCCAUCUGUCAUCCGCUGCACCUCUACACGAUGUCGGGCCUGCAGCGCCCGGUCCGGAUCAUCGCCGGCCUCUGGAUCGUGAGUCUGCUGAGUGCGGUGCCUUUUGCCGUUUUCACCGACAUCGAUUACCUCGUUUACCCACCGACCAAUAAGAAAAUCCACGACUCAGCGUUCUGCGCCAUGCUCAGCAAUCCGGAGGGCUUUCCACUUUGGGAGCUGUCGACCUGUCUGUUUUUUGCCUUCCCGAUGCUCAUCAUGGUGGUGCUGUAUGCGCGCAUGGGCAUGCAGAUCCGGUCCCGGACCCAGCGGACGGUAGAACUCGGCGUUCGCAAUGGAUCGGUUAAUGGACCGUCGAGGGUAUCGCAGUCACGGAAGGCCAUCAUCCGGAUGCUCGCCGCGGUCGUAAUAACGUUCUUUGUCUGCUGGGCACCGUUUCACGCGCAACGGUUGCUGUAUCUCUACGCCCGUGACUGGCAGCACUUCAACAUGGUCAACACGUGGCUCUUCUCCGUGGCCGGCUGCCUGUACUACGUGUCCUGCACCAUCAAUCCGAUCCUGUACAACGUGAUGUCCCACCGGUACCGGGUGGCGUUCCGGGAAACGCUCUGCGGCCGUCGGCGUGGCUUCGGGGCUGGAUUCACUCGCGACCAGUCGAGCUUCCGGGAAACGACCAUCGACGUCGGCGGUAACGGAAGCUUCUGUGGCUACGAUCAUUCCCGGCCGAUGCGCGCCCGAUCGAUGAUGCAGUCCAAGCGGUCCCGGUACAGGUGCAAUCUGCAGGCGAGCAACAGCAUUCGUCGGAACUCGUUGCAGAUCGGUAACAACCAUCCCAACAACCGGAACUCCCUGUCGCCCAAUCUUACCACCGACAUUGUCGUGAUGCUGGAGAACAACCUGAACGGGCGGCCCCGGUGUUACACGACCUCCGCUUCGACGCUCGUGACGACGGUCGUCUCGAGCACGUCGACCGUCGCGGAUGCGAGCAGCCUGCGGGCGCCACUGAUAAGUAUCGAUAAGCCGAACUCGGACACGGAUCGGACCCUUCAACCACCGGCCGGCCACAACGGCAAUGGGAGCUGCAACAAUGUUAGCGACAACACUCACCAAUAUCACGCCAACAGCAAUAACAACAGUAACGUGUGUAACAAUAGAAACUAUGGCGACGACCAGUACUCACCCGACCACAGCCUACUGCCACUGGACGACGAAGCACAAGAGCUGGUGAACGGAUCGGCGACACCGUUGCUACCGCUACCAACCAUCACCGUAGACCUGGAGGAUGAAUCUCUGCGGUGCCAGGAACCGAGGCGAAACUCCGCUAGCAGUAACGACCGAAUUGAGGUGGAGCGGCGCAACACUCAACAACUUCCGGAGCACCCUCUCCGGAGUAGUCUGCGCUGUGGUGAUGGUGCCGACGAUGGCACCACCACCCUGCUACCAGAUGCAAAGCGGGAAACGUGUAUUUAACGACAGUAUUACCAACUCAAGCCCCACCGUGCGGCAAUUGUUGGUGUGUUAUUGUUAUUCUUUUAGACGAAAAAACCACUCAACACGAAGAAUAUCAGCUAAGCGAUCUAAGCCGUGUGCUGUAACUUAACCCAUGUGAUGAUGAGCUUAACCAACCAACAAACCACACGUUUCGGUCGUUCCAUAAGCCAAAUUUACAGAAGCCGUAGGGGAAAUGCGCUAAUAUAAACGCUAUGUUACGUUUAAUUUAGAUAAAUAAGGCAGCUAAAAACACGGUACUGGUAGACGAGACCGACGUAGGUGCUCGUAACUUAAAGGUACAAAGAUGUAU